AUGUUCAAGGGGUUCCACGAGAUUGAUAUGAGGGGGCUGAAUCCUGAGCGGUAUAUGGAGUUCAUUCGAGUUUUUGUGCAGGCUGAUAGUACUCGGCCGCUUCCUCCUGGAUCUUACUUCCACACUAAUGGGAAACGAGAGUGGCUAGGAUUUCGCUACGAAAAUCUCUAUGUUCUAUGCUAUUAUUGUGGUCGACUGGGUCAUGGCAAGCAGGAAUGUCCAUGGAGGAAGGCUAAUGAAGAAGCUCGUGUAGCUGGUCCUCCGGAAGGUAGAUUCACUCCUUGGAUGAAAGCGGGUACGAAUGCUCCAAUGCCCCCUCCUCCUAGGGGAAGAAUCAUCCAACAAAGUCCAGGAGAUGCAGGGUCAAGCACUAACUCCCCAGGCUUCACUCAAAAUCAGAUUUGGGUAGCCGGUGGUGGCUCACCGGCGACGGGUAGCAUCAAUCCGGGAAUCUCAUCGACACCGUCGUCCCAGAGAUCCGAUGGAGUUUUGGAGCUCGCCGUUCAAGGUCCCCCGAGAUUCACUCCCCAUCCUUUCCCAACGGAUACUUCCUCACCAAAUCCGAGAUCGGUGUCAGGGCCCUCUUGCCAACAGCUCCAACAUCCACAUUCAGAAGCCAACUACAUGCUCUAUGGGGCCCUACCAUCAAGGUCACCUCAAUUUGACAAAGGUUGCCACUUCCCCAACAAUAUUGCAAGAAACCUCUCGGCUGAAAUGGAGGCUGAAGCUUGGGCCCAUGCUUAUGCCCAACAGCCCAAUCCAGCUUAUUAG